UCCUCUCUGCAUUCUUCGUCAUUUUUGUCAUCCCCUGCCGCCACAUUCAUUAACUGCUACAUGUAGCAUGAAUUUUAUUCUUCGUUCCGAAAAUUGGAUCAUUUAUAAUCCAGUUUUUCUCUUGCAUCAUUCCAACAUGGCAAUCUAUCUUGUUCCUGUAACAUGACGUGUCUUAUUUUUUCAUAUAAUCAUGUAAUUGGUUCAUGCAUAUUAAAGAGUUUAACACUGCUGAUUAUUUUGCUAAUAGAGAAAGUCUAGGGGCAGCAGGUUUUGUGGUUUUUAGCCAUCAAUUAAUCAUCAAUGAUGUUUUUAACGGUGUGAGAUUGCAUCUAAUAACGUAGAAUCUUUCAAUUUCCUUUUAAUGGUUAAAUGCUGGCCAGAAUUUAAUAAAAGUGCUGCCUCCUAGCACUCCUCAUGGUAAUAAUUGCGUGAUUACUCAUAUUUAUUCAUACCUAAUUUGUAAUUACUAAGAUUCUAUGAUUUACAAUCUUUUCUCUAAUAUUAAUUAUACUCAUCAUGUUAUUAUUUGGAUAUAGGAUUCAACCACUGUUUUUUAUUUUUUAUUAUUUUCUCUUUUUAAUCUAAGUGGCCAAGUAGUGGAGUAAAUUUUGGAUAUAUGUUAUUACUUGCAGAACUUGAAACAAGUUGCAGAAUUUGGUGGUCUGCGAAUGUUUUACCUCUUGCCUUUUCUCACCGUUUUCCUUUUAUUAUUACUUUUUGAGUCUUUUGAGCUUGGAAAUUAUAUUUGUUAUUAAUAAUCAGGAAGUCCUUGGCUGCUUUGUGAAAAAUGUAACUGAGCUUGACACUUCAUACUUUUUUGCACAAAAUUUUGAGUUUUAUCACUUUGCUGCUUUUUGCAGUGUUAUUUCGAUCAGUUUUCUUGAGAAAUUCAUGAAUACUUUGCAGCUGUUGUAUCCAUCUAUGUGUCGUUGCUCUCUCUCUGUUUAAUUCAUACAUAAGUUCGCUAUGGCUGCACAUUCCGAUUCAAGAAAACGCACUUUGGAAGCUUUGGAGAAAAGGUUUGCUAUUGCCAAAGCUGAGAUUUUCAACAAAGAGAAAGCAAACAAAAUCACCCUCCGAGAACAUGUCAAACCAUCUCAUCCUCAUCCUGCACCUUCUGCUUCUCCUAAUGCUCAGAAGCCAAAUCCUGAACCGAAACCACAACCAUCUCCUACACCCAAGAAAGGGAAUUUCAAUUUCUUUGGUUAUUCCUUUAUCAAAGAAACUGAAGAGGCUGAUCCAAUAUAUGCCCAACUUUCUCAUGAUGUAAACGAAAAUCUGCUUAGAACUAAUGACAAGUCUUGUACUGAUAGAAGAAGUUCAGUUGAUAGCAUACUGCACGAGCUUUUUAAGAAAGGGGAUAAUGGCCAUAAGUACAUGCUUGGAUCUAGAAGCUACAAAAUUGACAACAUCAUCCAUCUUGAUUAUUUUGUUCAAGGACGUUCAAUUGCUUCUGGUUCUGAAGCUAGGACUUUACAAAUUCAUUCAAAACGCUCGAAGAAACACAUGUCCAUGAAACAGCAUAAGAAAAAGGGAUCAUUAGAUCUUCCUCAAGAGUUCCAUAAAUUUAACAUUUUCAAGCCAAUGCGUGAAAUGUGGAAUGACUACAUAGCGAAGCUUCUUAAAUCCACUAGGAUAGAUCAAUUGGCUCAAUGUCUCCUUGGUGCAGAUCUACAUGGUGCUUUUAUUCUAGUUGUGGAGUGUAAAAUCAUCCAUUUUACUGGAACUUGUGGCAUCAUGAUUCGUGAAACUGCAGAAGCAUUUGGGAUAAUUACUGAAGAUAAUAAAUUCCGAGUUGUCCCCAAAAGAGGGUCUGUGUUUGUAUUCCAAGUUGAUUGCUUCAAAGUCACCGUCCAUGGAGAUAAACUCAGUUCGAGAAGGAUUGGAUUAUGAUACUACAAAUGAUCCUUCAACUCUAGGGAAUGUCAAAUUCGACAUGAAAAAAGUCUCUACUGAUUCUGUUGUUAUGGGAUGACUAAAUGUUUGUUUUCAUAUGAUUGAGUCCUGAAGCUGGUUUGGAACAAACGGCGAAUUGUUAGAGCAGCAGCCGUCUUCGGUUCCAGGGCAUCUUCCAACAGAAGUGUGAAUGUUUUGAGUGUUUGAGCAUUUCACAUUGAACUCAGAAGAUGAUCUUGCAGCUUUGGAUCCUUCAAAAUCUCAAGUGACUCACUCGAGUAUCUUGUCCCAAUUAUUUUAGUUUGUUUAGAGAACACUACUGCAGUUGUUUCCAUCAGAAAACAUGGAAAUGUCAAAUGACCCACAAUUUUGCCCCCGAGAAUUUGGUAUUUUCUAGGUAUGGAUGCAUUUACUUGUGUAUAGAACCUCCCAUUUUCUUGAGUGAUUUUCUGCUCACUUUAGAAUUGGAACUAAAUAUAUAGUAUUUCAGCAAUUGAAUUAGCCACUCAAUGUUAUAAUA